AUGCAGCAGCUCUUCUCUGAAGAGAAUUACGACAAAAAUAAUCUUCCUUCCACAAAUCAUACUAAAGUUGUCGUCGAAUUGACAGUCCAAUCCAUUACUGAAAUUAGUGAAUUCUCUAGUAGCUUCAAAGCUGAUGUUUGCCAGAUAUGGCAGGAUCCUCGCCUGGAUUUUUCAUCAUUUAAUUACUGUCUCUCCAAUCUUUCACUUCCUUCACAUAAACUAAAUUCAAUAUGGACACCAAAUGUUUGCUUUGUAAAUAGUAAAAAUGUGCGGAUACAUGCAUCACCUUCUGAAAACAUAUUACUUUUAGUUUUUCCAAAUGGCACCGUCUGGCUUAACUAUAGAGUUUCUCUAAUGGGUCCAUGUUUUUUGGAUUUGUCACUUUUCCCAAUGGAUGUGCAACAGUGCAAUUUGGUCUUCGAGAGUUAUUCUUACAAUAGUGCUGAGGUUAACAUUGUUUGGCGAGACUGGGAGCCUGUUUCCAUUCCUGAUCCAAAUGCCAAACGUCUACCCGACUUCGAACUGCUUUCUCAUGCUAACACAAAAUUCACAUUACUCUACACAGCCGGCCUAUGGGAUCAACUCGUUAUUUUCAAGUUCAGGCGUUUGUACGGCUUUUACAUUCUUCAGGCAUACAUGCCGACAUAUCUAUCAGUAUUCAUCAGCUGGAUUGCCUUUUGGAUCCAAACAUCAGCAUUGCCCGCUCGCAUCACACUCGGGGUUAUUAAGAAUGGCUCUCCGACACAUUGA